AUCUUCCGGUACAGUUUUGUCCAUUCCUAUCUGUGACGUAACUUUCCAAAAUACAACAGCGAUUGUUAGUGUCUUCGGAGAUAAACAAAAACAUCAAAUUUUAUACUCCGUUCGUCGUAUAUAUUUAAGAUGAAGUUCAAAUUUAAAGAAGAACAUACAUUUGACCAGCGACGAGCUGAAUCAACCAAGAUUAGAGAUAAGUAUCCUGAACGCAUACCAGUCAUUGUAGAAAGAGAUCCAAAGUCACAAAUUCAGGAUAUUGACAAGCGAAAAUUCUUGGUUCCCAAUGACAUAUCAGUGGCACAAUUUAUGUGGAUUAUACGCAAAAGAAUUCAGCUGCCAUCAGAAAAAGCCAUCUUCUUGUUUGUUGAAAAGGUCCUUCCCCAGUCCAGUGCCAGCAUGGGUCAAGUAUAUGAAGAGCAUAAGGACGAAGAUGGUUUCUUGUACAUUGCAUACAGCGGUGAAAAUACUUUUGGACGAUGCUGAAACAGACAUUUACAUUUGUUCUCUUGCUUUCAUGGAUAUUGUGUUUUGUUUACAGUUACUGAUCACUUGAUUUUUCAAUUUCGUCAGAUUUUUUCACUGUUAAAAACUUUGUUAGAUUGAAACUUUUCGUGUUUUGAUUUUGUAUUAAAGGAAGAUUUUUUGCAGUUAACAGUUUUACUUGCUUAUCACCCUUUUUAUUUGCUGAAUGUUUGCUGAUGUCAAUGUUAUUUCUAUUUGGUGAUAGGGGUUAAAGCACUUGUAUAAUCAUAUAAUUAUACACUUUGUAUUUACAUUCAGUUGUUGUCACGCCCUUAUUAUCAGAAUUAAAACACAUGGAAUGCUAGCAUCUAUUUCAAAGAAGAUUUGUACAGAUCAAAGGCGCAGUAAAGCUUACAUAUUGUGUAGGUAGCAUUGUAAUUUCUGGAUUAUGUAUUUAUCAAUAGUUGACAGACCUAUUAGGCUUGUUUAUACGAAUUAAGGAUUAUAUAAAUGACAUAAUGCUAAAAUUUGCAUAAAUGAUUUUUUGUCACAAUUUAUGUAAUAUUAUUUUUUUGUUCUGGAAUUACAUAAUUGAAUGAUUUGAAUUGUUGGUCAUAAAAAAAGAGGUAUUAAUUCUUAAACUUGUUUUGUUUACCAGUACACGAUUUUUAUAAAAUGUCUGUAUAAAAAAGUAUACUAGGGAUUUAGCCAAACUAAAAGAAUGGCAUGGUUUUGAUAAUGACAGUGCGACCUGUUUUGUGAAAAUUCGUUGGAUGGUUACAUGUACAUGUUCAAAUAGUACGUGACUGAAUUAUGAUGUUUCCACCUAAAUACUUAUAUUCAAUUAUAUAUUCAGAAUAAUGCCAUGAGGUGCCCGGAAUGUUCUUUUUGCAUGAAUAAAUUAAUCUUCAUAUCAAUUAAUUCUGUAUGUUACUCUAUACAUAAAUACAUAUGUAUAAAAAGAAGUGUCCCGCCAAUUCCAUUCUGAUUUAGCUAAAUCCCUAGAGGUAUAUACUUGUUCAUCAUUUCACCAAUUUAAUAAACUUAAUAAUUACCUGUUAAAACAUACUAAUUUAAACUAUUAAUAUUUACAUUUAAUGUUCAUCGCAGUCUGGCAGAUUUUUACAUUGAUAUUUUCCAAGGCAAGUGUUGAAUUAAAAAGCAAUAAUUUGAACAAUAUGGUAAACUAAACAAUGUAAACUAUUUAAUUCUUUGAUAUACACAAAAUAGCCAUGACACCCUACUAAAAAGUUCUUUCUUUUUAUAAAGCAAUUUUGUGUAAAGAUGUUGCAGUACGUUUUUGCUAUUUUUUGCGCUUCUACACUCGAUGCCACUCAAUGCAAUCAAUGCGUAUGUCUUGUUGCUUUUAAUGGCCCAUUACUAUGCAGAAUGUUUAUAAGGUGUUUGUGGACAACUCAUUUUUAACAUUUUCUAUGGGAUAUUAUUGAAGGAAAACAUUUUUACCCAUUUGUUGAUACAAAUAAACGUUGAAAAGUU